AUGCAGUUCACAGCCAAACUUCUGGGUGGGAAAGACGAACUCGCUACAUUUGAACUUCUGCCUGAAGUCCAAGUUCGCCAUUUGAAACGCAAAAUUGCAGACGAACUGCUGUUGCCAUGCGGUUCAUUCAAAGUUCUGAACGCAGGAAAACCACUUCAUGACGAUGACUUGCAUCUAGUUGCAGCUGGUUUGAAAGAUGGCGCGAAGUUGACAGUUGUACUGAAUACUGGAGAUUCGUCGGAUUUGAAUCCCAAAGAGCAAUCACACUUGAAGACGAUUCUCGGCGAAUCGGCAACUCAUCUCAAUAUGCUCCGUCUUCAAAGGAGUAUCCAGAACUACGUAGAUUUUAUGUCGUUGGAUGACAUUGAGCGUUUCGCGAGGAAAAAGAACUAA